AUGUCUUCAUUCAACCCACUUACCUCAAUUUUGAACCAAAACAAGUUAGAAGGACCGAAUUAUGUUGACUGGAAAAGGAACCUUGAUUUUGUCCUAACUGCUGAAAGUUACAAAUUUGUAAUCACUGAGGAGUGCCCAGAAAAACCUGAAAAUACUACUGAUGAUCGGGUUAAAGCCUAUGACAAAUGGGUUAAGGCUGAUGAGAUGGCGCGAUGUUACAUUCUUGCCUCUAUGGCGAAUGUUUUGCAACAUCAACAUCAGUCUAUGGGGUCUGCUUAUGAUAUGCUCGAAAGUCUCAAAGAGAUGUUCGGUGAGCAAAAUCGUACAGCUAAGCAGACAGCCAUGAAAGCCCUUUUGAACACCAAGAUGGCUGAAGGAUCAUCGGUCAGAGACCAUGUUCUGAAGAUAAUGAGUCUUCUGAAUGAACUGGAGGUCCUUGGAGCUGUGAUUGAUAAGGAGUCUCAAGUUGAGAUGGUCCUUUAG